AUUGGACGAUACUCCAGUUAAAAAGCGCGUCCUAAUUGCACCCGACUUUACGUCGAACGCGGACUCGGACGCACGGUACUCGGAAAGAGAUCCGGAUAAAGCCCGAUCAUGAGGCAAGGCAAAGACCGUACAUGUGCUUGACCUCGAAGAAGGCCAUGGGAGAGUCGCCCAAACCCACCAGUAAAGAAUCCACAUCCAUGCCUUUCAUGCCCUAUCUCGUCGUCGCCCUGGUGGCCCUGGUGGCCUUUGCCUGGGCCAAAAUGUUCCCCGGUGGUAUGCCAGAUCUCCGUUUACCCCCUCAAUCCGUCCUUGUCGACCCACGUUCGGUGGCUACUUUGGGCGCCAAUGCAUCUUUCCGCGAAGACUCCUUUGACUCUCAUUUCAAUCCUACGAAUACUACCCCUCCAUUUUUCCAAGUGUUCGACCGUUCGUUCCUGGCAAUUUUAGGUUCAUCUCCAUCCAUUCAUGAGGUUGCUUCCAAUGAUACUUUUGCCUUUGCACACGAGGCACCUAUCUAUGAUCCUUCCUCGGAUGAAGUGUUUUUUGCUAGCAACGACGGUGGCCUGUUGGGCAUGAGCGACUUGGAACACAACAAUCAAAUCUCGAAAUUAAGCCUCUCUGCAGCAGAGGCCGUGAAAGGGUCUUCUUCUGUACCAAUCACUCCACUUAUCCUCCCGGAUACAAUCCAAAUGACUAACGGGGGAACUGGGCCUUAUAAGUCUUCCCUCCUUCUGAUCACAUCAGGUCGAGGUCCGCUUCCUCCUUCAAUAGCCCUUGUCAAUCCCCGUCCACCCCAUAACGUCACUGUUCUCCUCGACAACUAUUUUGGUCGUCAAUUCAAUUCUCUGAAUGAUAUCAAAGUCCAUCCGAGUGGGAAGAUAUUCUUUACUGAUGUGAUAUAUGGGUUCCUCAACCGCUUUCGGCCUGCUCCUCAAAUGCCGAGCCAGGUGUAUCGAUUUGAUCCUGUCACUGGAGUUGUUCGUGUCGUGGCAGAUGGGUUUGACAAGUGUAACGGGUUGGCGUUUUCAGGAGACGGCAAGACAGCAUAUAUCACAGACACGGGAGCUACAAACGGAUUCCUCGGAAAUAAUCAAACGGAGCCCGCUACCAUUUACGCCUUUGAUGUAGAUCCGAAAACUCAUGCCUUCAAGAACCGACGCGUCUUUGCAUAUGUGGACUCGGGCGUUCCUGAUGGGAUCCAAGUUGAUACCGACGGCAACGUAUACUCCGGUUGUGGCGAUGGGGUGCAAGCAUGGAACAACGAAGGAACUCUACUCGGGAAAUUCUUCUUAGGAAUGACUUCAGCUAAUAUGGUCUUUGCGGGCAAUGGUAGACUUGUUAUUCUUGCUGAGACCAAGGUUUUCCUUGCCAAGAUUGCGGCUAAAGGUGUUCCCCUCGGUGGUCCUUGAUUUCGUUAUCAAGGGUUACAAUCUUAUGGCUUCCUACUAUGAAUGUCUUAUGACCUGUACUUUUACGCGCUGCUGGUCUUUUAUGUAUCAGCCUUUUGGAAAUUCAGGCGCGACAAAUGAUUGUACCCCACACUGUGCCGCUUCAACCUUGAUGCUUAUCAUUUCUCCACAACUUGUAAAGCUGGAAAGAUGUCGAACUACAUCGAUUUGCCGGUUUGUUUUUCGUUCCUUCGUUGAGCAGACUGGCCGAUAGAGACGCAUUUUUUCCGUAUCAUUAAGACUGAAAUGUACAUGCUAGUGCACCUGCAUCAGCGUCAUCGGGGACCAAGGCUUAAAGUUUGUGCAGUGGUCGGCUGACCGGCACGCCCUUCUAUUGGCUGGCUGUCGGUCACCAGGACACUUUCUGGGCGUUUUUUGCGGCAAAAGAGC